GGGAAAUUAAACCCUAGAAAUUUGACGAUCUCCAAAGGACCAAAACCCUCUUCCCCGACUUGUACUACUGUGAACUGAUUCCUGAAGCUCUACUUGGAAGCCGAAGUCCUGAUCCAGCUAGUUUUGUUUGUUUGUUUUACAGACAGCUGGACUUUUAUGCCCCCCCGGGAUUGGCAGUCGUAAUAUUAACGAGGCAUGUCUGUGAAUCCUAAUGGUCCAAUGGCUUAUGGGGAUGAGGAUGUUUCUUCAGGUUCUGCUGAUGGUGCAAACACGAUGGAUGGACACAACAAGCGGCCAUCUGGGACACCUGCUGGUUCUGGUCGUAAGAGAGGUCGCAAGGCCACUGGUGAUGCUAUUGUGGAUGCCAUGCUUGAAAUCGCUGCAGCUUCGAAAUUGCGGGCAGCUGCCAUCAUGAAGAAUACUUGGGCAAACAUGGAUGACAUUGACUUGCAACUCGACGAGAUGGAAUUAGCUGCAGCAGCUGCUGGAUAUUACUAUUUUAACAGUUUAACUAGGCAACCUCCGCUUGCUUCGUCCAAUGGCAAAGGUAGCUUUAUGACUCAAGUACUAGAUGGUCCUCAUGAAUUAUGCAGGGAGAUGUUUCGGAUGGAUAAACAUGUCUUUCACAAGUUAUGUAGCAUCCUUCGGCAGAGAGGUUUAUUGCGUGAUACGUGUGGUGUUAUGAUAGAGGAACAACUGGCAAUUUUCUUGAACAUCAUAGGUCAUAAUGAGCGCAACCGAGUAAUUCAAGAAAGGUUUCAGCAUUCAGGCGAAACCAUAAGCCGUUAUUUCAAUAAUGUGCUAAAGUCGAUCAAAUCACUUUCACGCGAAUUCUUACAGCCAGCACCUGAGACUACUUCCCCUGAAAUUCUUUGCAGCAGGAGAUUGCAUCCAUAUUUCAAGAAUUGUAUUGGGGUCAUAGAUGGCAUGCACAUUCCUGCACAUGUACCAGCCAAAGACCAAUCUCGAUUUCGCAAUAAGAAAGGAUUCUUAUCACAAAAUGUACUUGCUGCCUGUACAUUCGACCUGCAAUUCAUCUUCAUUUACCCAGGUUGGGAAGGGUCUGCUGCGGAUUCACGUGUAUUAAGAGCAGUCCUUGAUGAUCCUAAUCAGAAUUUCCCUCAUACUCCCGAAGGAAAAUACUAUCUGGUGGACAAUGGGUACAUAAACAUGGAAGGAUUUAUUGCGCCAUAUCCAGGAGUUCGCUAUCACCUUCAUGAAUUUAGGGGUGCUAAUAAGCUACCUAGAACUGCAAGGGAACUAUUUAAUCAUCGGCAUUCAUAUCUUAGAAAUGCCAUCCAGAAGUCAUUCGACACUCUUAAAAGGAGAUUUCCCAUACUCAAAGUUGCAACACAGUAUGGGUUUCAGAUUCAAAGGGAUAUAGUCAUUGCUGCCUGUGUGUUGCACAAUUUUGUAAGACGUGAGGAAAGAAACGAUUGGUUGUUUGCCAGUGUUGAAGCAGUUGCUGCAGUGGAAGAAGAAACUUCCGACUUCGAUGCUCAGCCUGAUAUUAUGCAGUUAGGUUCCUCUGUACAGGAGGAAAUCGCCUUCUCACUGAGAGAAUCAAUGGCAGCUGCAAUGUGGAAUGACUUCGUAAUCACAUGGGAUGAAUGGUGAUUGGUACCCUUGGCGUCCAUGUUCAGACCUGGUAAAACAACUGCUUUUGAGCUCAACAUGGCUGAGUUGCUGCAGGACAUUUGGCAAUUGUCCUCAACAUUUCCGUUAAGGAAGAGGAAAUCGGUUUCCGGAAAUGAUUGUAACUUGAUGGUUUCUCCUUUGAAUGAUAUUUAAUUUUAUUUAGGAAUAAUAGCUUUUAUACCCCUGCAAAUUCGCGUACAUGUUCCUCUAAUUUAUUUUUA